AUGUUAAAGUGUUUACUUUAUGUGGGUUUUGCUAACUUCAAUAUCUUGGUGUUGGGCGAAAUAAUAUUUUUCUACAAGGCGGUCCAGUCCAAGGACACAGUUUUGGGUGCUAUAGCUGUGGCCCCCUGUAUUGGUUUCUCGCUGGUGGCAGAUUUCAAGCAACUAGCUCUAGUGCGUAAUAAGAAAACUGUACAAAAACAUUUCGAUCAAAUGGAAAGCAUUUUUCCAAAUACCAGCAAAAUGCAGGAGCUAAAUCGUUUGCACUACCACGAACGUAUUAUGCAUCGUGUCAUGAUUAUAUUCUCCAUAUUGUGCCUGGCCUAUACAUCAACGUUUAGUUUUUAUCCUGCCUGUAAAUCUUUCGUGAAAUAUUAUUUUUUGGGUGCCGAGAAAUUUGAACGCAAACUGGGCUUUUUAGUUUGGUAUCCCUAUGAUGAGACGGCUAAUACUUGGGUGUAUUGGUUGACAUAUUUGGGCCAGGUUCAUGGUGCCUAUUUGGCUGGUGUGGCAUUUUUGUCGGCCGAUUUAUUGCUGGUUACCUCGGUCACUCAACUGAAUAUGCAUUUCAAUUACUUAUCCAUGGAAUUGGAACAAUAUCAGCCGGAUGCCAGGCAUGAGAAGAAAGAUUUGGAGUUUUUGAAUCGUAUUAUUAAGCAGCAUAUUAAUUGUUUGGAACUCAGCGAACACGUCAAUAUCAUCUUUAGUUUUUCACUGCUGCUCAACUUUUUGACUGCCUCAUUGACGAUUUGUUUUAUCGGCUUCCAAGUGACCACCUCUAGUCUGGAAGUGAUUAUAAUGUAUUGUAUAUUCUUGUUGGCCUCCAUGUUGCAAGUGUUCAUAGUAUGUUACUAUGGAGAUGAACUAAUGACGGCGAGCUUAAAAGUUGGUGAUGCUGCCUAUAAUCAAAAUUGGUUUAAUGCCAGCAUUAGAUACAAGAAAAUGAUAUUGCUAAUUAUACGCCGAAGUCAACGACCCUCGUGUAUAACACCGCCCACUUUUACUGCCGUGUCCUUUGAGUCGUAUAUGAAGGUCAUUAGCAUGUCUUAUAGAUUUUUCGCCUUAUUAAGAACAACAUAUUAUGACAACUAG